GAGGAAGAAAUUGUGAGAGAGAUGAGACAAAGAAAGACGAUAGUGAGAGAGAAGAGGAGCAAAGAAGAGAGACGAAGAGAGAGUAUAACCAUAAAAACAAAGAAUAAGCAAGAGAAUGGAGAGGGAAAGAGAGGAAGGGAGGGAGUGAGUGAUAGAGAGAGGAGGGAGAGCAAAAUAUAA